AUGUCGGAUCCCGUCGUUUUGCAGUCCGCCGUGCGGGUGCCUACGCCUCCACCAGGCGCUUCCUAUUCUCCCCAGCCAUCGGGCUCACGAAAGCGAUCGCCUCCCUCUCGUUCACCUUCACCUAAUCGACGCCGUUCGCCCCCUGGCGACUCGGUGGGACCGGAUGGAGAUGUGCCGCAUAUCGAUUCCGACCGUGCGAUCGAGCGAGAACGUCAGCUCGCGGAGCGAGUACGCGAGCAUGAAAAACAAGAAGCCGCGCGAAAGCCUAUGACUGAGGAGGAAAAACAGGCUUCAGCUAAGGUGGAAUAUGAGAAGCUCCUCAACAUGCGCUCGGGAGGUACCUAUAUUCCUCCCGCGCGACUUCGCGCUCUCCAAGCGCAGAUUACAGACAAGACCAGCAAAGAGUACCAACGAAUGGCCUGGGAGGCUUUGAAAAGGUCGAUCAACGGUCUAAUCAACAAAGUCAACGUUUCAAAUAUCAAAUACAUUGUCCCAGAGCUGUUCGGCGAGAAUCUUGUCCGGGGCCGUGGUUUGUUUUGCAGGAGCAUUAUGAAGGCUCAGGCGGCAAGUUUGCCUUUCACGCCUAUCUAUGCUGCCAUGGUGGCAAUUGUCAAUACAAAGCUACCGCAGGUUGGAGAACUUCUUUUAAGCCGGCUGAUCAUCCAAUUCCGAAAAGCUUUCAAGAGAAACGACAAGGCGGUGUGCAUAUCAUCGACAACAUUCAUCGCGCAUCUAUGUAACCAACAAGUCGUACAUGAAAUGCUUGCGGCGCAAGUCUUGCUCCUUUUACUUCAUAAACCCACCGAUGAUAGCGUCGAAAUUGCCGUCGGGCUAACGCGGGAAGUUGGCCAGCUCCUGGAGGAAAUGAGUGGACCCAUCGCGUUGGCAGUGUUCGACCAGUUCAGGAAUAUUCUCCACGAAGCUGACAUUGACAAGCGCGUGCAGUAUAUGAUUGAAGUACUUUUCCAGGUACGCAAGGAUCGAUACAAGGACAACCCAGCUGUCAGGGAGGAGCUUGAUUUGGUGGAAGAGGAGGAUCAAAUAACCCACCGGAUUGGGCUAGAUGACGAGAUUGAGACUCAAGACGCCUUGAACGUAUUCAAAUACGACGCCCAGUGGGAGGAGCAUGAGGAGGCCUACAAAAGGCUGAAGGCAGAGAUCUUAGGGGAAGGGAGUGACGACGAAGACGAGAGCGAUGACGGUGACGAAAGCUCAGAGGAGGAAUCCGAAGAAGAGCGACAAAUGGACAUCAAGGAUCAAAGCAAUACGGAUCUUGUGAACUUGCGCCGAACAAUUUACCUGACAAUUAUGUCGAGUAUCGACUUCGAAGAAUGUUGCCACAAGUUGAUGAAGAUUUCGUUGCCAGCCGGUCUGGAACCGGAGCUUCCCUCCAUGGUCAUUGAAUGUUGCUCCCAAGAGCGGACAUACUCUAAAUUCUAUGGUCUUAUUGGUGAGAGGUUCGCAAAGAUCAACCGUCUCUGGUCGGACCUCUUUGAGAACGCAUUCGCCAAAUACUACGACACUAUUCAUAGAUACGAAACCAACCGACUGCGCAAUAUUGCUCGAUUCUUUGGACACAUGCUGAGCACCGACGCCCUUGGUUGGCACGUAUUAUCCAUCAUUCAUUUGAACGAGGAAGAGACAACAUCGAGCAGCCGUAUCUUCAUCAAAAUUCUAUUCCAGGACCUCGCGGAGAAUCUUGGUAUACCGAAAUUGCGAGAGCGCAUGACCGAUGAGAUUCUACGACCAAGCUUCGACGGUCUGUUCCCCACGGACAACCCGCGCAACACGCGCUUCUCAAUCAACUAUUUCACCAGCAUCGGUUUCGGUGCAUUGACAGAGGAGAUGCGCGAGUUCCUGCAGAAUAUGCCCAAACCUGCAGUUCCUGCCUUGCCACCCGCGCGCUCGGAGUCUGUCAGCUCACGAUCGUCUUAUUCAUCACGUUCUCGUUCUCGCUCUUACUCAUACUCACGCUCUCCGUCCUAUUCACGCUCCCCGUCUCGAAGCCGUGGCCGGCAACGUUCGGUCAGCCGAGGCAGGUCCUACUCGCGGUCCUUGUCCGGCUCGCGCCGCAGCUACACCCCUAGCUCCUAUACCGGCUCGCGCUCUAGAUCACCUGUUUCGCGAAGCCGCCGACGUUCAGUCUCAUACAGUCGCAGUCCACCCCCUCGCUCUGGUCGCGGACGUGUCGACUCUAGAUCUCCACCUCCACGCCGGAACCGCAGUCCCUCUCGCUCUGUCACCCCACCUCGUCGGAGCGGUGGAAGGGCUCGUAGCUACUCGAGAUCUCCCUCGCGCUCUGUUUCUCCACCGCCCCGUCGAGCGCCUGCGCGCAGACGGUACUCUUCAGAGUCGCUGUCACCACCGCCAAAGCGAGCCGAGAAGAACGAAUCAAGGGCGCGCUCGCCUCCACGACGUCCACCCCCGGGUCCUCGAGGCCGGGAUCACUCCGUGUCUCGAUCGCCUAGCCCGCGGUACAGCAAAAAUCAGCGACGACGAAACUCCAGCUCAUUAUCUGCGUCCCCUCCUCCCCGUCGUCGAGCACGGUCUUCUACGCCCCCUCGUCGGUAA